UCACAUUGGUUUGUUAUCAUUGUCUCGUGACCGCUAACCUUAUAUUUUGUUUAUCCUCUUCUCGUUUCUGUUACAUUUAAAAGAAUAGUUCUUGACGAAACGCUCCGUGUGAAUAUUCAUAUUUACGAUCUACAAAAGGAGAAACGUGCUUUUGAUGGUAAUACUAAUUAAUAACUCGAACAAUACGCCAUAAAUUAUCUGACUUCCCUAGUAACAUCGUGUUUAUAUUUCAAAUCGAGCAUUAUGGCGCCCUAUUCGCACCCUUUCCCUGUAGGAAAUAAUCCUCCCGAAAAUGAAAUUGCUAUACCGAACGGUCAUGCUGUUGGAGGAAAUAAUGAUCUCGAAAAUGAAAAUGCUAUACCAAACGAUAAUUUCUUUAGUGGAAUUAAUCUUCUCGAUGAUGAAAAUUUUAAUUUUAUGCCAAACGAUAAUGAAUUUAUUAGAUUAUUUAAUCCUCUAAGAGGUAUUCAUGAACCAGGAUUAUUCAUUGGAUAUAGAUUAUUUCCAUCUACCCUCGAACACAUAAAAAAUGUUUUGUACGUCGGAUUGCACCAACUUUUCGACGAAUUCGAAAUUAAUGUGGUUAGCUGCCCCUGUCUAACCAGACCGCCGUACAAUCUUGCCGCAGUUGGACUAUCUGGUAACACGUCGUCUUUGCGCGUUGGUGGAUUAUAUAAUUUAUUGCCAAACCUGCGAACAGAUAUAACAUGCGACAUUCGAGAUGAAUUAUUAAGAUAUUGUCAUGAUUCCUUUAUUAUUGGAGCAGGUUAUGCCGCGAGACCAUCUAUGCUUUACAAUGGUGUUCUUACUAUGAAUGCGACAGUCUUGCCACCUGAAAAUGUUAAUAAUAACAGUCGUAUCGUUUAUGAAGAUGAUAUUGGGCAUUUACAACUGAAAGAGAUCACAGAUUCUAAUCAAAUGGUAUGCUCUAUGUUGGGCAACUUCUUCUUCAGUGAAGGCAGACAAGGAAUGGUGAUCAAAAUACGUGCUAAAGGGCGCAGAGUCCGUUGCAGCAUCAUACUGACAAUGCAGUCUGUUCUGAGAAAGUAUUGUCAAUGUUCAGUUGUUUUAGGUGGAGUGCUCGUAAUAAACGGAGGACAAGCCAAAUGCUAUAUUACACCAGAAAAUUAUCCAAUGGAACUUGGAUACCCGGUCUGGUUAAAGAAGUAUCGAUAUGACUGUAAGAAUCUAAUAGCUGUUGGCGUAUUAGGCAAUACUAAAAUCGAGCUUGCUGUACGGUUACGUGACAGAUAUAUGCAUCAAUUUGUGUUAGACUUCCUUUAUAAUUGGUAUAAAUAUAUCAAUAUAAUAUGUACAUAGAUUAUUUCUAGAUAAAUAUAUAUGAUUCUCCGAAUUAGAUGUCACAAAUAAAUAUAGAACUGUAUCUAUACCGCUGAUCGUUAAAUUUCAAUUUCGUGAAACUAUUAUAUAAUUCGUCGAUAGCAUUUUAAUUACAUAUUUCUAAUUUAAAAAAAUUCAUAUUUUGUAUGUGGAUUUACGUGAUCUACUUUUUCUUCAAAUUAUUUUUAUUACAUUUUUGUCACAUUAAAGACAAUUUACACAUAAUUUUGCCAAUUUAUAAAUUUAACGUAAUAAUGUAUUUAGAAUCUAACAAUAAUUAUAUUAACUCGUUAUUACUUAUGAUCGGUACAGUCUUGUACUUGUUCUUGCUGUCAUUUUUUAAAUUUUAUUUCGGAGGAAACCAUUAUAAUGUGCCGGAAUAUUUUAUGUGAUUAGUAAUAUUCACAUAUAUAAAAGUAGAAUAAUGUUAUUGAUAAUCGGAAUAUGAUUACCAUAAUGAUAUACAUUAACUUUCAAUAUUUUCGAUUAAAAUUAUAUUUUAUACAAUUUACAAGAAGUUUGUGA